AACAUAUUAGUUAUUUGUGCUCUCUCUCUCUCUCUCUCUCUCUCUCUCUCUCGCUCUGCGUUUGGUAUUGUGGGGGUGCUGGUCGUUAAUCUGAGUUUGAGCUUGUCCGGGUGAACAUGGGCAGAAAGUGCUCACAUUGUGGAAACAUAGGCCAUAAUUCAAGGACCUGCACAACUUACAGAGGGAAUUCUUCUGCUGGUCUUAGGCUCUUUGGAGUGCAGCUUGAUUUAUCCUCAUCUUCUGUUGCCAUGAAGAAGAGUUUCAGCAUGGAUUGCUUGUACUCAUCUCCCUCCCCAUCUUCUUCAUUUUCCUCCGGAAUUUCCAUCGAUGAAAACUCUGAUAAAACCACCAUUGGUUAUCUUUCUGAUGGUCUCAUUGGUCGACCCCAAGAGAGGAAGAAGGGAGUUCCAUGGACAGAAGACGAGCACCGGACAUUUCUGAUUGGGCUUGAGAAGCUAGGAAAGGGUGACUGGAGAGGCAUAUCUAGAAACUAUGUGACAACAAGAACCCCAACCCAAGUUGCAAGCCAUGCUCAGAAGUAUUUUCUGAGACAAGCAAGCCUUGACAAGAAGAAGCGGCGUUCAAGCCUCUUUGACAUGGUUGGGCGCAGCAACAUGUGUGGUCAGCCUGCUAAAAGUUCUAAUUCCAAGCCAAGUGAUCAUCCAGUUCGUACUCAAUAUAACCCUGAUCAGCAUAAACUUCACAAAGAUAGCAAUCUUCCUGAUCUGCAAGGUCUCACUUCCUCCGAACAUGUCAAAUCAGAGAACCAAGAAAUUGACCGUCUUCAAUUAGCUUCACGCAAUCAGGCCGUACCCGUUUGGCUAUAUGGAUUACUUGAUUCCCGGCUGAACGCUUCAAAUGCAGCAAAACCCAGUUCCUCCAAUGCAGCACCUAAUCUAGAGCUCACCCUUGCCGCCCCAAGGCCUUUGGAACAGAAUAAAUCAUCCCCAGAACCCCUUGUUCUCGGCCCCAUCAGCGUACAAAUUCAUGGAUAAACCAUGGAAAUUAUUAUAUUGAUGAUGCAUGUCAACCUCUAGCAGAAGAAUAUCAAAUAAUAUGUUACAUAUUUUAGGUGGUAUUAUUAGUAUAAUGGUAAAUCUUAAAUGGGAAUUUUUUCUCUCCUCUUCUCUGAAUAAAUGAUCUAUUAUAUAUGC